CAGAGAGAGAGAGGGAGAGAGAGAGAGACACACAGAGACAGAGAGAAAGAGAGAGAGAGAGAGGGAGAAAGAGAAAGAGAAAGAGAAAGAGAGAGAGAGAGAGGGAGAGAGAGAGAGGGAGAAAGAGAGAGACACACAGAGACAGAGAGAAAGAGAGAGAGAGAGACAGAGACAGAGAGAGAGGGAGAGGGAGAAAGAGAAAGAGAAAGAGAGAGAGAGAGAGAGAGAGAGAGAGAGAGAGAGAGAGAGAGAGAGAGAGAGACAGAUUGAGACAAUUUGAGACAGAUUGAGAAACUAACGGGAGACACACUGGGACACACCGGGACACUCUGAGCGCCUCUCACUACCACCCGCUCCGUCCUCCGGUCCCCCACCGACUCCUCUCCGCUCUGCAGGCCGCCUCCUGGAGCCCCUCUCCAGGCCAGCAGGCCGCCGCGCCCCGCUCCGUCCCGCUGCCGGACCGCAGCUCUCCUGCUCGCAGUCCGUUUCCCUCCGCGGACCAGUCGGGAAAAAGUUCCUUCGAACUUGCUGGGCUCCAAUGAGGCGCGCGCGGCCGAUCGAGAGCGAGCCCAGCUGACGAUCGGUGAUCCGUGACCGACGCGAGGACCGUGUGCUCGGGUCCGGGUCUGGUGGGACAGGGCCGGAUGGAGGGUCCCGUGGCCCGGGGACAGGCCUCCUCUUGCGGGCUGCAGCUGCUCCUCCUCCCGCUGCUGCUGCUGAGCUGCUGCGGAGCAGAAGAAGAGGUGUUGAUGAACACUAAGGCAGAGACAUCCGAUCUCCGCUGGAUGAAUCAUCCUCCCGACGACCCUGAGUGGGAGGAAAUGAGUGGAUUGGAUGAUGAGUCCAACAUGGUGCGGAUAUAUCAGAUCUGCACGCCGGACAGUCCGUCCUCCUAUUGGCUCAGGACUCGCUGGAUCCCCCGGAGGGAGGCGACCACCCUCUACGUGGAGAUUCGGUUCACCAUGAUGGAGUGUUCCGCUCUGAACCAGCGUCACUGUAAAGAAACCUUCAACCUUUAUUACUACCAGUCCGACAGCGACGAGGCCACGCCCACUCACCCGUCCUGGAUGGAGAACCCUUACACCAAAGUGUCCACGGUGGCGGCCGACCACCUGCUGCGUCACGGUGGAGAACGGCGCUCCAACGUCAAGUUGUUGCGGCUGGGGCCACUGCAGGGGGCGGGGCUCUACCUGGCCUUCCACAGCCAGGGUACCUGCAUGGCGCUGCUGUCCGUGCGCGUCUUCUACAGGAAGUGCCCCCCCCUCCGCCGGGCCUUCGCUUCCUUCCCUGAAACCAUCCCCCACUCUCUGGUGGAGCAGGCUCAGGGUGUGUGUGUGGAAAACGCAGUGACGCCGCCAGGAGAACUGUCACGACCUCCCAGCAUGCUUUGUGGCGAGGACGGGCAGUGGGUGGGGCAGCCCACAUCCAGCUGCGCCUGUCGCCCCGGAUACGAGGCGGGCGAGACCGACGUGCGCUGUCGAGCCUGUGUGUCUCGUCAGUUUAAGGCGGGGUCAGGACCUGGUGUGUGUAACCCCUGUCCAGCCAAUAGCAACACACGGAUCCCAGGCUCCGCCUACUGCCUGUGUGACUCUGGUUACCACCGAGCCGACUCCGACCCGCCGCACGCCGCUUGUACCCGCCCCCCCUCAGCUCCCCGCUCCACCGUGAGCCAGGUCAACGACACCAUGGUGACUCUGGAGUGGAGCGAGCCGCUGGAGCGAGGAGGACGAGGAGACCUGAGCUACCAGGUCCAGUGCUCCGGCUGUGGAUCCGCCUCAGACCCCAAGGGACUGGACGGUUCCUGUUCUCCUUGUGAUGACAGCGUCCUGUACCGCCCGGCGCAGCGCGGCCUGACUCAGCGCCGCGUCGUCGUCUGGGGACUCCGCCCAUACACUAAGUACACCUUCACCAUCCAAUCGCUGAACGGCGUCUCUGCUCUCAGCCACUCAGAGCCGGCCUCGGACAGAGUCAACGUCACCACCAGCAGAGACGUUCCUGCUCCAGUGUCCGGUCUGAGGAGGACGGCGUCCUCAGAGAACGGUCUGACGUUAGAGUGGAACGCUCCUGCUCUUCAGAACCAGUACCACAUCCUGGACUACCAGCUCCGCUACAGUCCCAAGGAUGGCGAGGAGGUGGGUCAGUGGCAGUACGUGUCCACCAGGUCUUCUUCGGUGGUGCUGACCGGGCUGCAGCGGGCGGCGCAGUACGAGGUGCAGGUCCGGGCUCGCUCUCAGGCCGGGUUCGGAUCCUUCAGCACCGCGAGCAGCUUCCACACACAACCUGACGGGACGAGUGCAGGUGUGAGCGGCUCCCCGCUGGUGACAGCUGUGUUGAUCUCCAUGGCGAUACUGCUCCUCAUCGCCGUGGUGAUGGUCGCUGUGUACUGUUACCGCAGGAGAAAGACAGACCGACAGAUGAGUGAUAAGAUCGGACACUAUCAGAUGGGACAGACGAUGAAGGUGUACAUUGACCCGUUUACCUAUGAAGAUCCCAACGAGGCCGUGAGGGAGUUUGCCAAAGAGAUCGAAGCGUCCUUCGUGAAGAUAGAGGAAGUGAUCGGAGCAGGUGAGUUUGGCGAGGUGUGUCGCGGCCGCCUGAGGAUCCCAGGCCGGAAGGAGAACUACGUGGCGAUCAAGACGCUGAAGGGCGGCUACACUGAGAAGCAGAGGCGGGACUUCCUGUCAGAGGCGUCCAUCAUGGGUCAGUUCCAGCACCCCAACAUCAUCCACCUGGAGGGCGUCAUCACCACUUCCUGUCCCGUCAUGAUCCUCACUGAGUUCAUGGAGAACGGAGCGCUCGACAGCUUCCUGAGGAUGAAUGAUGGACAGUUCACCACCAUCCAGCUGGUGGGAAUGCUGCGUGGGAUCGCAGCUGGGAUGAAAUACCUGUCGGACAUGAGCUUCGUCCACAGAGACCUGGCUGCUCGCAACAUCCUGGUCAACUCCAACCUGGUCUGCAAGGUGUCAGAUUUUGGUCUCAGCAGGUUCCUGACGGAGAACUCGUCCGACCCGACGUACACCAGCUCUCUGGGAGGGAAGAUUCCGAUUCGCUGGACAGCUCCUGAAGCCAUCGCCUACAGGAAGUUCACGUCUGCCAGUGAUGCGUGGAGUUACGGCAUCGUCAUGUGGGAAGUGAUGUCAUACGGAGAACGACCAUACUGGGACAUGAGCAACCAGGACGUGAUCAACGCCAUCGAGCAGGACUACCGCUUGCCCCCGCCGCCGGAGUGCCCCGCCUCCCUGCACGCACUAAUGCUGGACUGCUGGCAGAAGGAACGAGCCAACAGGCCGAGGUUUUGUGAUGUGGUGGCAGCGCUCGAUAGGCUGAUCCGUAACCCCGCCUCCCUGAAGUUGACGCACCAGGAGGGCACGAGCUCGUCCCAGCCUCUUUUGGACCAGCGCGUCCCCCCUCGUCUCUCUGCCUGUGGUUCGGUGUCUGAGUGGCUUCGAGCGAUAAAGAUGGAGCGAUAUGAGCAGAGCUUCGUUCAGGCCGGACUCAUCAGCCUGGAGAUCGUCUCGCAACUCAACACUGAAGACCUGCUCAGAGUGGGCGUGACCCUGGCCGGUCACCAGAAGAAGAUCCUCUCGUCCAUUCAGACGCUCAGGAUACACAAACCCCCCCCCACCCUGCUCUACUGACCAAUCACAGAGCUGUCCUACACCACUACGCCCAAGAUGCAGCAGACCUCCUGCGUCUGGACCAAUGAGAGUUGCUGUGACAUGAAGGAGCACAGAGACCACUAGUGAUGAACAUGGAGUUACUGCCCCUACACGGACUUCACCUACAUUACUAUGAACAACGGUUGGUCAGCGCUAAGGACUUAUUUAGCCCCGCCUUGUCAAACCACUACAGCCACUCCCCUCCUCAGGAAACCUAAGGCUCCUCUUCCCUUGACCUGAUUGGUUGUUUUAACAGCCACUGUCAAAUCAGCAUCCAGUAGAGGACAUCAAAUCCAGUUCAGGGGACGCCUCUGAUUGGUCGCAGAUUAUUUCAGCUCUUCCUGGUGCUGCCCACUACAACCCUGCUGACAUGUCAAAGCCCCGCCCACUGCAUUCAAGCCCAGCUGGGAUUGGUUCUGAGCCCUGUCUAUCAAACAGUGGAUUUCCACAGACUAUCAGGAUUUUCCUUUGGUGCAACUUGAGCAGAACGGAUUCAGUUUUAUCUGAAGGGAUUUCAGUGAACCGGAUCGUGGACCAGUUUCACUUAUUUUUAGGAAUAUUCUGGGAUUUGAUCAGAACAUUUUAAAGCUGUGGAAACGCUGUGGAUGAAUCAUUUCCAAACGGACUGUGGGAAUAUUUACCUGAGGAACCUCGGGACGUCCUUAGAGGAUUUAUUUUGUGAAACAUCGACCAAUCUGAAUAAAGACUCUUCAUAAUCAUGAUAAGAAUAUUCUGGGGAACAUUUUGAGGAAAUCUUUGAGAGCAUUACUCAAGUUUUCAUGGGAAUCGUUCAAAUCUGUUACAGGACAUUUUUAAAGAUUUAUCAAAUGUACAGUGACUUUUCAGGAUCUGAACUUCCCUGGACCACUCUGAGGUUUAAAGUCACAGGAACCAGCAGCUACAAAUGGUCGACUAUCCGUUUAUGAUGGAUUUCAAAUGAUCAGAUUUUGAUUAUUGAGCUGGUUUUCUCCACUGGGAUCUGAAACUAUUUUAAAACCUUAAAGAAACACUUUCUGUUCAUCUUCAUGCUGAUGUAACGACUGAUGUUAUGACUGUAAUAUGUUUUCAUACUCUAACGUUCAGAAUCACUGUCCUCAGACUGUCCAUUGCUGCAGCUCCUCUUUUCAGCCUCUGUCUCAAACACUUGGUUUUAGCUCCUGUGUCUUUAAGAACCCCCCCUCCUGGUAAAGCCCAGUCUGCUCUGAUUGGUCAGAUGCUCCUCACUGCUGUGAUUGGUCGACCUUUUCCAGCAGAUGUAGGAUAUGUUUCUCACAUCACCUGGUUUUGUUAGGGGGCGUGUCUGUCCAUCAGACAGAUGCUCGAUGGGACGAGUGGUCUCAUCACGUCCCUCAUGUCCCAGGUUUCUAUUGUGGCACUUUUUGUACCUGAUAUUUGAUCACGAUCAUGUUUUUAUAAUAAACCCAGAUUCGGAGAAAA